GUUUUUGACCCCAAUAAAACAAAUAUAUGUGUUUUUUUUGCUAAAGGCCACUCACUUGGACUCUGUCAAGGAUGUUUGUUUAAUCUCAUGUGGCAUGAAGGAUCAUUUUAUUGAGAUCAGAUGGACCAGACCAUUUCAUCGGGGUGCUGCCCGCACGUACUGAGGAGAGAAUAGAGCCUGCACGGGGUAUUCCUUACACAUGUUCCAGGGCUACUUGCCCCUGGCUUCCAAAUUCACCAUAUUCUGGGGUUUCUAAGGCAAAUCUCUGAUCGGGACAUAGGCAAUCAUUUCAAAGGAGCUAAGAGCCUAUCAUCAGUCGAUGCUGGACUGAGUAUAGUGUUGGGAUAGGCCAGCCUGAGCCAUGGCUCAUGGGAAGAAACCAGGGAAGAUCACCAGAAUCCUGGGACCCAGCCCUUCAUCGUGCCCAGGAGGAUCCAUAGAGAAGAAGCCAGGAACUAUUAGGAGAAUAUUGGCCCCCAGCCCUCCGCCCAGCCCGGGUCCCACAGGAUCCACAGAGGAGUCUAAUGAAGGACCUCAUGAUGAAGGACCUCAGAAAGAAAGACCACAGAGUUUGAGGAGUAAGGACCCGCCAUCCUGCCCUGACCCCCUAUCCACAGGGGAGCCUACUGAUGAAGAACCCUGGGGUCUGAGCAGCAAAGGCACAACUGAAAGACUACAUGAUGGAAUUCGGAGUCUGAAGAGUGACGGCCCUCCUCAACACUCGCAGAGCACCAGCAAUGAGGAGCUGGACAAUAACAAUGAUGAGAGGACCCCUGGGCCUGCAUCACCUGUCCCUGCUAGCCCAACUCAGGCCCGCCCAACCCAGGCCUACAGCAAAAUGACCCAGGCCCAGAACUACCCUCGGCAGUCAGACGCCCAGGCCAAGAACUACCCUCGGCAGUCAGACGCCCAGGCCAAGAACUACCCUCGGCAGUCAGACGCCCAGGCCCAGCCCCGUCAGACCCAGCAGCAUCUCAGAGAGAGUCCAACGAGCCCCAGCGCCAGGCCCACCUCUGACUCCCCAUCCAGUCAGGAGAGACAGUCCAGGGCUGUUAAACCAUCACCUGUCCUUACCAGUGCCAGUCCUUACCAGCCGUGUCUGAUUAGUCCCUCCAGUUCACCUCUUCCUGUCCCCGCUAGAGCUAGUGUCUCCUCCAAGAUCUCUCUGAACCUACCCGGUGACUCCACCACCCCUGACAGCUUGGAGGAGGAGGAGGACAGCUGCUCAGAGUACGACAAUGUGGGUUCAGAUGUGGAAGGUGUGGAGCAAGACAUUGAUCAGGUGCUGCAGGUGGAAGACCAGGGUAUGGAGGUGAGGUACUACCCUGAGCAGCAGGAUGGUAUCUAUGUGGAACACCAAGACGGAACCUACAUGAAACACCAAGACGGAACCUACAUGAAACUCCAAGACGGAACCUACAUUAAACACCAAGAUGGAACCUACAUGAAACACCAAGACGGAACCUACAUGAAACACCAAGACGGAACCUACAUUAAACACCAAGACGGAACCUACGUGAAACACCAAGACGGAACCUACGUGAAACACCAAGACGGAACCUACAUGAAACACCAAGACGGAACCUACGUUAAACACCAAGACGGAACCUACGUGAAACACCAAGACGGAACCUACGUGAAACACCAAGACGGAACCUACGUUAAACACCAAGACGGAACCUACGUUAAACACCAAGACGGAACCUACGUGAAACACCAAGACGGAACCUACGUGAAACACCAAGACGGAACCUACGUGAAACACCAAGACGGAACCUACGUGAAACACCAAGACGGAACCUACGUGAAACACCAAGACGGAACCUACGUGAAACACCAAGACGGAACCUACGUGAAACACCAAGACGGAACCUACGUGAAACACCAAGACGGAACCUACGUUAAACACCAAGACGGAACCUACGUGAAACACCAAGACGGAACCUACGUGAAACACCAAGACGGAACCUACGUGAAACACCAAGACGGAACCUACGUGAAACACCAAGACGGAACCUACGUGAAACUCCAAGACGGAACCUACGUAGAAGAAUGUGAGGAUGGACCCUAUUGCCCCAAGGAUGCCACCUAUGUAGAAGGUGAGGAUGGUACCUAUGUGGAGGGUAGUGUGGAGGGGGACAGCCUGGAGGGGGACAGCCUGGAGGGGGACAACAGUACCACUGUACAAUACAAACCCACAAGGCCACUGUACGGCCCUGAGUCUGAGGAGAUGCAGGAUAAAGAUAGAAAACCCUGUAGCUCUUCUGAGAAUUACCAUCAGUUCAAUGACAAUCCACAUCAGACACCCAAGGCUGGAGACAAGGAAGAAAAAGAGGAGGUGGAGGGAGGAGGAGUCUGA